ACAUUACGACUGCCAAAUCUCGUUCUUUGUUAUACAACAUCCAAAGCUGGGCGCUGGGGUCUCUGGUAUGUACACAGGUAUAUAGUAGCUUAAGUAGCGUCCAGGUGGGCUUCAGCCGCGUGCUGCAGAGAUAUCAUACCAGCUGACAGCUACAGGAGAGGAAAGAUGCACAGCACCAAAUGUGCUGAAGUCGGCCGUAGCCUCACACGGCUGGGACGCUAUACCACACGAAGGUCUGCAGUGAUCGUUAACCGUGGGGCAAAUGCUAAAGUAACGCUUAAUAUACCACAGAGUCUGCUGGACAAGGUGGGGGAAAGACUUAGUCUGCACGCUGCCGGCAGACCCGGUGACCGGCGUGGACACAUGCCUGUCCAACCGUACCAACGGCGGAGGAGACCGUCAGCGUUCCAGAGACUCUGGAGCAAACUGAGCAGCACCAGUACAGAGUAUGAUGGACAGAUAUUUGACAAUGACAACAUGAGGGCGGUCAGUAUUAUGAUGGCGGCAGUUGCCAUCGUGGUCAUCGGUUCGCUGGCCAUUGCAUCCGCUUCCAGGGACGCCAUCCCCUCUUCUACAGUAGAGGUCUCUAUUAACAAGGGUAACGUGGUCCCUGUGUUAUCCCGGUUUGGGCUGAUGUUAGUGCUUGGUACCAACAUCUCAGUGUGGAUCUACACCACCAUCUCCGAGGCCCGUCACGUGAUGGAGAUGGACGAACACGAGCACUCCAAGAGCGGAGGUUUGACAACGCUUACCCCCUCAGACACUCAUUAUACCACACACUACAGCGUGAAUGCGUCUGGCUAUGGGAACAAGACGUCUGCUUACUGUCCAUCAGGUAUCACUGGGUUGUUUUCGUCCUACCUGUACCCGUGUGUAAUAGAGAGUAGUCUCAUCUCCUCCUGUAUGAUCUACCUCGUCUGGAGCAGGGUCAGUGACGACCCUCACAGCGACACCGGGGUGUUUCGCAGAGACUCCGUGUUCCGCAGCUCCUCCCAUGGCACCUACGACCGCCGGUACGGCAGAGCCACCUUCAAGAAGUCUGCCAGCAUUGCCCGGCUAGAGCACCGGAACAAGAGCUACUCCAUGACACUGCCUCGGAUUAGAGAGGACAGUGAUGACAGUGAUGAUUGUCACAGCGAGGGCAGGGACGAGGUCACGCGCUCAGCAGGAAACCCGGAGACCGAGGGAGAGGUGCACCACAGAGAUGACCGCGGGGGACACCGGCCAACGCCCAAUGGUAACUGUCUACCUGUGAAUGACGAUGUACAGUUUAAGAUUGACCCUGCAGAGUUGGAACACCUCAGUCUCACCGAGCAGUCCACGUCAGGUAAACACGGCGCCCAGCAGUCGUCACGUGCUCAAGGGGAUGACGGCGGGAACAGGCUAAAACUGGUGCUGUCACACCCUCACUUUGAACAGUACGGCCGCGACUAUGAAGAAGACCGGCGCCAGCAAGUGUUACCACAGAGAAACUACCCUCCAAAACCACUGCAGUCUGUUCCCUCACAGAGGUCUAUCGCUACCACUGUGUUUGAACCAGACUGGGAGGAAGAGAAGGAGACGACGCACCACUCCAGUAACUACUGUGGCUUGUUUCUGGGGAUGCUAGUCAUCCUGGUCACCUUCGGGACCAUCAUCAUCUUCCUGUACUACAAGUAUAAGACUAAGGACGGCUCCAUGCACCAGGAGUUGUUUAUCGUGAAGUCAAUCAUUAAUGUACUGUGUGUUUGCGCCACACUGGUCACGCACUGCCAGAUGAAGGGAAUGAUGAAGAAGAACGCGCGUAUUCGCGGUAUCAGGUCAGGUAUGAAGGCGACGCAGUUUGUGCAGGAAUCCAACCGCCAUCAGCAUCAGCUAGGGCUGGACAAGGCCUUGCUAGGAAUAUCUCUGCUGGGGUUGCUGGCCUACUGUACCCUCACCAUCAUAGCUGGGGCUGGGUCACCAGACCAGGACGCUGCCUUGACCGUGGUGGACGCUACUAUAGUGAUACUGGAGGCGGUGGUACAGUCGCUGUUCCUGAUGACGUCAUUUCUGCCACGCAGGGCGACCACUAAAGACCACAGGACGCAGCGUCCCGGAAGGGAGGGACUAUUCUUCCUGCUUAUCUGCAACUUCUGUCUCUGGGCAUUCAACUCGUUUGGGGUUCGUAAGGAGGUCGCGAAUCACGUACAAAUCUACUUUUAUUCCUUCCAAACCUGGGUCAUUCUGUCCCACGUGACCUUCCCUCUGUUGAUCCUUUUCCGGUUUCAUUCCGUUGUCGUCAUAUCUGACGUCAUCACGCAUGCGUACACCGCAAAAUAUGUAGGAUUAGAAGAGUUCGAGUCUUGACGUCAUGUUUUGAGCAGCGCCUGAUCGUGCCUUUAUUUUCUUCGUCCACUUGAACUGCCGACUGUAUAGAGACAUAUCUUAGAUACUAGCACAUAACACAGGUUGUCUAUAGAGACAUACAUAUCUUAGAUACUAGCACAUAACACAGGUUGUCUAUAGGGAAUGGAAUUUUUAAAAAACAUUGAACUUCUGACAGAGGCAAAACGACUGAAGCUGUCUCAAGGUCAUAUACCAGUAGGACGCGAACACCCCUAUUAUAUCAAUGGGAACAGAGCGGAUGACUUAGAGCAGAUUGUUUUAGUUUAACAACGAUUAAAGUAACCGAAUUAUUUAUUUUAAUGCACUCUGUGGGUGUGGUAAUAAUUUUAUUUAUCAAAGUGAAACUAAAGAUACGUGCUAAUAUGUCACUGUCAAUAUGUCACUGUCAGCAUGCCACUGUCAAUAUGUCACUGUCAGCAUGCCACUGUCAAUAUCUCACUGUCAGCAUGACACUGUCAUUAUGUCACUGUCAGCAUGCCACUGUCAAUAUGUCACUGUCAAUAUGUCACUGUCAUUAUGUUAAAUGUCAAUAUCAGACACUUGAAGAAAUGUUUCGUCAUGCGCUACUACCUUUGUAAUGGAGUAAACCAAGUCAUGUGUCACGUUGACAGCUCACUAGAACAAUACGUUUGUUUUGUUACAGAU